AUGCGCCUUCUAGGGUUGAUAUACCUAGUCCUUGCGAUUCCGACCAACCUAUGUCUACGAACGCGUCUCCCUCCCAGCCAAGCCUUCGCUGCCAUCUGGCCAGACUUUCACUUGUUCAAGGACCCAAGAUUCUUAUCAUGUUGUGGAGGAAUCUUCUUUAUGGAGUACGGCGUGCUUAUUCCACUCACUUAUAUUGUGUCAUUUUCAGUAAGCAAGGGACAAACCGCCAAUGCAGGCUACAUAUUGCCGAUUCUUCUCAAUGCCGGUAGCGUUGUCGGACGGGUCGUUCCGGGCUUCAUAUCAGACAGGAUUGGUCGAUUCAACACCAUUAUACUUACUGUGGGAUUGUGUAUGGUGUCAGUCUUUGCACUCUGGCUACCUGCGGGAAGCUCAUGGUCAACUGUACUAGCAUUCACCUUCGUAUUCGGGUUUGCGAGUGGUGGUAACGUGAGUCUGAUCCCGGCUUGCAUUGGCCAGCUGUGUGACUCUCGAGAUUACGGUCGGUUCUUGUCCACUGCCAUGCUUUCAGCAAGUUUUGGGACCUUGACAGGCAUCCCUCUUGGGGGUCUGCUCCUAGGCAACGGCGAUUCUAACACAGGAUGGACAUCAUUAAUAUUAUUCUCUGGUUUUUCGUAUACUGUGUCUCUCAUCUGUUAUAUGGUGGCAAGGAUAAUGGUCAUUGGACCAAAUCCUUUGUCUAUGUUCUGA